AUUAGUAGAGCCAAAUUUGAAGAACUAAACUACGAUUACUUCGAGCGAAUAAUCGAGGCGAUGGAUAUUACACUAUCUGACGCAAAGUUUAAUAAAGAAAAGGUUGACGAAGUCGUAUUGGUUGGUGGAUCAACUCGAAUUCCAAAACUGCGAAAAAUGAUCCAAGAGUAUUUCAACGGCAAAGAACUGUAUAAAACCAUAAAUCCGGAUGAGGCUGUGGCGCAUGGGGCUGCCGCACUUGCUGUUGAUCUUAGUACUGGUGCAUCUUCAAAAAUAAAAGAGUUUACUCUUUAUGAUAUUGUGCCUUUACCACUCGGCAUCAACGUUGUUGGUGAUAUCAUGUCUGUGGUUGUUAACAAAAAUUCAAAAAUUCCUUCUAAACACUACAAAACAGUCACCACUGUUGCUGAUAAUCAAACAUUUAUUAAAUUUUCGGUUUACCAAGGCGAAAGAACGUCUACCAUGCACAAUAAACACUUGGGCUCCUUCAGUUUAUCGGGAAUUUCUCCUGCACCACGACGAAUACCCCGUAUAGAUGUCUGCUUUGAUAUCGAUUCCAGUGGAAUUUUAACAGUUACGGCGAAAGAUAAAAUUACUGGAAACAAAAAUAAUUUACAACUCGAAGCUGCUAAAUUGAAACUUACCCUGGAAGAAAUAGAACUUAUGGUGCAAGAGGCUGAAAAAUAUAAAUUGGAUGAUAUUGAGCUCAGAAACCUCGCAGACAUGAGAAUAAAGCUGGAAACUUUGGUUUUCAACGCAAAGGAAUCCACCAUGUCUCUUGAUUCACAGGAAAAAUUGAACAAAGGAGAUAAAUAUAUAUUAUUGAAUAAAUGUGAAUCAGUUUUUCAUUGGCUAAACAAAAACAAGAAUGCUUCGAAGGAAACUCUCUUUCAACAACAAAUUGAAUUUCAGAAUUGCUGCCACCCAAUAUUCAUACGAAUAUGUAGGGAUAAAAAGAAUGAAAGUGAUAACGAACAAAAAAGAAAUGAUAUGGAUACAACUUGUUUUCCGCUAAUAAAAAAGAAACAAGAAGAACAGGCGAAAAUGUUGAAACAGCAGAAAAAAGAAGAAGAAGAAUACAAACAACUUCAAAAAGCAAAGAAUGAUGUAAAAGGCUUCAUCAAAACUGCAGAGAGCAAAGUCAAAUGGCAGUGCUUCGAAAAGUUUGUCAAUGAGAAAUCAGCGAUUCUUCAAAAUUGUCAAACUUUCAGGAACUGGAUCGAAGAAAACAAGAACGCAACGCCAAAUGAUAUUUAUGACAACUUGAAGAAGUUUAGAGAAUGUAGUGAGAACAUUUUUGAGAAAAUGGAGGCAGCAAUUGAGAUGGAACAGCAUGCAGAAUUUCAGACGGAUGAUGAUAUGAUAGCGCAAGCAAGUGACGAGCGCAAUGCUCUCGAAAAAUGUGCAUACACCAUCAAACAAUCCAUAACGGGUUCAGAGUAUAAAGACAAACUAGAAAACAAUGUUAAAGAAGAAAUCACUUCUGGAUGCGACAGAAUUUUAGAGUGGCUGGAUGAAAAUCAGAAUGCAAGUGUCGAUGAAUGCACAAUCAAAAGAACUGAAUUGGAUAGAAUUUGUCUUCCACUAGACAAAAUAAAACAAGAAGAACAGAAAAAGAAAGAAGAAGAACGCAAUCUACGCCAGGAAGCCCAGGAUGAUUUGAUACGUUUUAUCAAUAAUGCUGAGAACAAAGCCAAGCUCAAGUGUUUUGAGAUUACCAAUGCAAAAUCGGCUAUUUUUCAAAAUUGUCAAAAACUGAGGAACUGGGUGGAGGAAAACCAGAGCACAAAGAGAAAUGAUAUUUGUGAUAAAAUGCAGGAGUUUCAAAAAUGGAGUGAGAAAGUUUUUAAGAACAUGGAAGAAGCCGUAAAGGCAGAAAAUCAAAAAGAACUUCAACUGAUUUCUGAAUCAAAACGAAAACUUAAGGAAUGUGCUGACAAAAUAUCUGAAGCUGUAUCUGAUUCAAAAUACGUUGAAUAUUUAAGCGACGCAGAACUAGAGAAAAUAAAUUGUUACUGUACUAAUACAUCUACGUUGCUUGAGAAAUCAUCAAAUCCGAGUAGACAAGAGUUGGAUAAAAGGAGAAAGUCAAUUGAAAAAAACUGCUAUUCAAUUUUAGUUCAAAUAAACAACCAGGUACAAACAGAGAUGAAACGCAAAGAGGUAGAACUGCAACAGGAGUUGGUUUCACUUGAACAUUUUAGCAAGAAAGUCUUUGAUGUCACAUCUCGAUUGGCCCAAACAAAUAAAAUACCUUCAGAACAAGCAAAUUCCAAUUUUGCAAUCUGCAAUAAGAUAUCAGAACUAAUAAGGAACGGUGAGAUAAAAACCAGAAAAGAUUGUGAAACGUAUUAUGGAGACAUUCUCGAAAUUUAUCAACCAAUAAAGAGCUUGGAAGAAGAACAAAAUAUGGAAGCGAAUAAAAAUGAUUACGAUUCAAGAAAGGAAGCAUUGAGUAAUGGUGCUCAACCUAUGUUUGACUUGUUGGAUCAAGAAAAAAAAGAAGCUGAAAAAGACCUGACAAGCUUCGUAGAAUAUAUCAAAAGUUCGGCUUCCCGUAUUCAAGGUAAUGAUGACUAUAAAGAUUCGAUUUUCAACAAGUGCGAUGAAAUAACCAAAUGGAUCUCAAAUAAUAAGGAAACAAACAAAAAAGAUUAUGAUUCAAAAAAGAGAGAAUUGCGACACUUUUCCCAAUCGUUGCUUAACAUGUUGGAUCGUGAGAAAAAGGAAGGUGAAAAAGACCUGAUCGGCUUCGUAGAAUAUAUCAAAAGUUCGGCUUCCCGUAUUCAAGGUAUUGAUGACUAUAAAGAUUCGAUUUUCAACAAGUGCGAUGAAAUAACCAAAUGGAUCUCAAAUAAUAAGGAAACAAACAAAAAUGAUUAUGAUUCAAAAAAGAGAGAAUUGCGACACUUUUCCCAAUCGUUGCUUAACAUGUUGGAUCGUGAGAAAAAGGAAGGUGAAAAAGACCUGAUCGGCUUUGUGGAAUAUGUCAAGAGUUUGACAACCCGUAUUCAAUGUAAUGAUGAUUAUAAAAUUUCCGUUCGCAACAAGUGUGAAGAAAUAACCAAGUGGAUUUCAUCUAAUAAGGAACCAGACAAAAAUGAAUACGAUACAAAAAAGAGAGAAUUGCAAAAGUUUUCUCAAUCGUUGCUUGACCAGGUGGAUGAACAAAAAAAGAUUGCCGAGGCCAAAGCUAAUCUUUCAGUGUAUGUGAAAGAAAUAAUAAAUGACCUAGACAAUGAUGCGAGCAGGGGAUUUUUUCUUUCAUCUAAUCAUCGAAAUCAGUUUUACGGGUCUUGCGCUGAAGUUAGAAACUGGCUUAAAGAAACUAAGAAUCCGUCAUUGGAAGAGAUAGAAAGAAAAACACAGCAGUUGAAAACCAAAUAUCAAGCUAGUGGUUUGCGAAGCAAUAGACUGGUCCAAUCUGACUGGUUAUAAUUUUCUUUUUGUAUUGCAUACUGUAAUAUUGUACAUACAUUGUCUUUGUUUCAUUAUAUAUGGAAAUGAAAAACGACAUAAA